AUGGUCCACGAGGACGGGCGUCCUUGUGUCCUCGAUGACAUACAAGGACAAUGGUCUAAAAGAGAAAGUAAUCUCGAGGACAAUUCUAGGCAUACUAUCUCUCCCGGAACCAUCCUCGAGGAUAAUGGUGUUGGACGUCGAGGUCAGACAAGGACAAAGGUCAACGAGGACACUCUCAACCUCGCCUCGAGCGUCCUCAUGGACCACACUGCCCGCGGGAAAUCAACGCUUUCUGGCCAUGUCAAAACGAGUGCCAACCAUAACCAUAGCAAGGUCUGGAGUUUGUAA